AUGUUUGCCCGUACCGCUCUCCGCGCGGCUCCCCGGACGACGACCAUGGCCUCGCUGGUCGCCCGCCGCGGCUUCCAGUCGACGCGCGCCCAGCUCUCGUCGCCCUACCACUACCCCGAGGGCCCGCUCUCUAACGUGCCCUUCAACACCAAGACCAGGUUCUUCGGCCUGCGCUACUGGCUGUUCUGCAUCGUCGGCUUCGGGGCCCCGUUUGGAAUUGCUGUCUGGCAAACCUACCGCCCUCGGUCCUAG